UACACGCCCAAGAAGAUGUUCCAGUCAGCGGAGGAAUUCUUCACCUCCCUGGGGCUGCCCGCCAUGCCGGAGUCGUUCUGGAAGAAGUCCAUGCUGGAGAAACCACGUGACAGCCGUAACGUCCAGUGCCAUCCUUCCGCUAUAGACUUCUACAACAAGGUUGAUUUCAGGAUUAAGAUGUGCACGGAAAUCACGCAGUAUAAUCUGAUGAUCAUCCACCACGAGAUGGGCCACAUCCAUUACUACAUGCAGUACAAGGACCUGCCUGUUAUCUUCAAACAGGAACCUAAUCCAGCAUUUGGUGAAGCGGCUGGUGAUGUUGUGGCUUUGUUUUUCCAAACACCAGAACAUUUGAAUAAAAUAGGACUUCUCACCAAGGUGGUGCCAAACGAUACAGAGACAGACAUCAACUUCCUGAUGUCAAUGGCGCUGUAUGCGCUUCCGCUCCUGCCAUUUGGGUACCUGGUUGACCAGUGGCGGUGGUCAGUGUUUAGAGGGGACACGAAGCCUGACAAAUACAAUAAAUAUUGGUGGGAUUUGAGGUGCAAGCUACAUGGUCUGUCGCCGCCCGUGGCGAGGAAUCGGUCGGACUUUGAUCCUGGUGCCAAGUUUCAUAUUCCGGGCAGUGUGCCGUACAUCAGAUAUUUCGUCGGUUACGUCAUCCAGUUCCAGUUCUACCGUGGCUUGUGUGAAGCGGCAGGCCACAGUGGACCGCUGCACAAAUGUGACAUCUACAAAAACAAAGCAGCGGGGCAACGCUUCGUAUCAAUGAUGAAGCUCGGGGCGUCUAAGCCGUGGCCGGACGCCAUGGAGGUGAUGACGGGUCAGAAGAAGAUGAAUGCCAGCUCCCUGCUCGAAUACUUCCAGCCGUUGAUGAAGUAUCUGAAGGAGAAAAACGGGGCCGACGUGGGCUGGAAGCCGGAGUGUCCGACACCUGGAGCGAGCUAAUGAACGAAGAUUGUGUGGAGAAAAGGACGAAGUACGCCAAAAAAUGACAAUUUAAUGAAAAUGAUUAUUUUUUUCUCCAAUUAAAAUUGUUAAAUAGA